UUCACAACCCUCGAUGCCUAAAUGUGAAUUACUAAGUGGCAUUAGGAGUGUUUGAACGGUACCACCAACAAAACAAUACAUCGAAUACAGUUAGCAUAAAAUUUGCAAACGGCGACCAAGAGUCCUAAGUAGUGCCUUAUUAUAGUCACCUCACGCUACGGCAGUUCCUCGACGUCAAAUUGGUUCAAGGGGUUCCUGCUCUGUCCUAAUGCCAACACCGUAUCGAACAAGUUAGGAUUGGAUCUCUGGACCAAUGUACCAGCUAGAUUAAGCACCAGUAUUAUGUCCUACUAUCCAGGGCCACUUUCUCCUCUCAUCAAGGCUAGAGUCAAACUAAGUGAGAAAGAGCAACCGCCGCUCGAAGUCUUCUUCGGUGGUUCCUUUAUCGAUCAGGCGUCCACACAUGAGGAAGGCACGUUUCCAUUGACGCAUGGAAUUCCAGCAGGCCAAAUAGCUUUUUGCAGGGGUAUGACAAGCAAGUAUUUGCGAAACUGGCGCCUGGGAAAUACGCUCAAAUUCUGGUCUCCAACAACGUAUGGAUCGGCAGUAUUAACUAAAAGCCGUUUUUUAAUUUGGCUAGAGAGAAUUAGGGUUCUUUGUUCUACACCACUCCAUGGACGUAACUUAUCCGGCUGUCACUUCACGCGUUGACGAGCACAUAAAAAAGCAUUUGGGCAGAAAUUGGACUUUAACGCUAGAUCGGCGGUGCCAGUUCCUAUCUACUUAGCAGAUCAAGUAGUCAACAUAGACAGAGCAAGAGGGAUAAGAAGAGCCUGAGA